CGACAUCAAGUUCAAGUAGGGGGACAGGCCGCCAAGGGGGUCAUAUUUUUCGCCUUUUUCCUCGUGUUUAAGGUCACCCUCGCCCCUGACCUGACCUGACCUGAUGUAGCAGUGUUCGAAGGUCAAGAGAUGCCUUUCCCGGCCCGGCGAGGAAGAGGGAGCAGGAGAUAUGGAGGUAACGUUGGUCCGAGUCACCUUGCAGGGCCAGGCGGUAGGGGGGGUAUGGAUCGCAGUUGCCCCCCAGACCCCCCCAGGAGAGUGCCCCACUACGAGGAAGACCCACACUGGGUGAGCCGGCCCCCAGAAGGCAGCAACAACACCAGCGGAGGCCCCCCCUUCCACCCCUCCACCCCCUACCCCUACCAGCGCCCCCCAGAGAACCCACCACCCCCUAACCCCCGGGGCAGCUGGGGGCCUGGGCGGAAGGGUCGGGGGCGAGGCGACGGAGGGGAGCGAGGGGGGCGGGGCGUGAGGAGACCCGACCCCCCCUUGGUAUGGUCGGGAAUACCCCACCUGGACCAUUCCUUUGUGAUACAGAAGGAUGGCGGGGCGGGACGGCCGGGGCAGGGAGGUCCCGGGGGCGGUAACCCUCCCCCGGCACCACAUGGACCCCGGAACAACCACCCAGGGCAAGACUACAUACCCAACCCAGCACCGGGGCCACAGAACAUGCCCCACAAUGCCCCGGGAGGGAACACGACGCAAGGGAGACCUGCCCCGAACGCCCCGAACCAACAUGGGGUGAUAGGGACGCAGAACGGGGCAGGAGAACGCACAUCGGGGCAGAGAUCGGGGUGGUGCGGACCGGGGCAAGGAGGCGUUACCCCACAGCCCCAAAUGACAAAUCAGAGAAACGGGGCGAGGGAGGGCACCACGGGGCAAGGCGGGGGGCAGACCGUGGCGCAGAGUGGGGCCGGGGCACAGACGACCGCCCCAAAGGAGAACCAAAACCUCGAACUUGAGACAAAACGGUAUUACGAUGAGCUUUUGGGGAAGGACGGGAAGAGAAACACACCUUCCGAGGAUACCCAACUGACCUCCGCGGCCCAGGUGGCUCAGAUCAAGGUGGAGUGCCUGGCGGUGGAGGAGGAGAGGCGGAGGGAGGAGGAGAGGAAGAGGGAGGAGGUGGAGAGGGAGCGGAGGAGGAGGGAGGAGGAGGAGAACGCUUGGAGUCAUCUUCAGCGACUGUGGGAGUUUGCACAUCAAAACCCGUAUGACUUUGAUGGGUGGACGAGCCUGCUGGGACAUGUGGAGGUGGUGAACAACAUGGAGGCGGCGCGAUCUGCCUUUGAUGGGUUCCUGCCUCUCUACCCUUACUGCUUUGCCUACUGGAAGAAGCUCGCGGACAUGGAGACCGCUCACGGGGAGGACCAGAGAGCGCUGGGCACCCUGCUGAUCGGCACGGAGGUCAUCCCAUACUGUUCGGAGUUGUGGCUUCCGCUGUUCACCGCCUUCACUGCCUACGCCAAGCUGCAUGCCUUGCCCCAGCGCUGCGUCAGGGAGAUGUACCGGGAGGCGCUGGGUCGAGCCGGGUCAGCUUGGCACAGCUCGGCACUCUGGGAUGCCUGCUUGACCUUCGAACAGGAUCGCGGCGACCUGGUGCGAACGAUGGCCCUCUACCGUCGUCUAAUAUCCAUGCCUCUACGCCUCUACAACAAGCAUUGGGACCACUUCCUUGCCCUCGUCCGCGACCAUCACCCCAGCAGCUUCCUGACCCCUAAGGAAUACCAAGCGUUGCGGAAACAGGCUUGUGAGGAGUUGAAAAUUAGAUACACUCCCUUAUCGUCUGUGCCUGCGUCGUCCGCCCCUGCGUCGUCGUCUGCUCCGAGGGCGGUCGUGAAGACACCCCAGCCCGAGGACCGGUUAACAUCCCACAUCAAGGAGAAGAUCGUUGCCGCACACAUCAACACCCACGAGGCCACGGAGAAGGAGGUGGAGAAGAGGUGGAAGUUCGAGGAGAAGAUCAAGCGACCAUACUUUCACGUCAAGCCCCUGGACCGCAAACGCUUGAAGAACUGGCGUGAAUACCUGGACUUUGAACUAUCCGAGGGCGACCCCAUGCGAAUCAUCACCCUGUUCGAGCGCUGCCUGGUGGCCUGCGCACUCUACGAGGAUCUGUGGUGCAAGUACGCGGCGUUUAUGGAGAAACAUACGCAGGAAGUGAUGGAUGGGAAAUAUGCGUGGUAUAAGGAGGAGGAGGUGGAAGAGGAGGAGGAGGAGGAGGUGUGCAUGGAGACUGAGGAAGGAAGGAAGGGAGGGGAGGGUAAGGAGAAGGAGGAGGAGGAGGUGAAGAGGAAGGAGGAGGAGGAGAAGGAGGAGGAGGAGGAGGUGAAGAGGAAGAAGAAGGAGGAGGAGGAGGUGGUAAAGAGGAAGAAGAAGGAGGAGGAGAAGGAAAAGGAGAAGAGGAAAGAGGAGGAGGAGGAAGAAGAGGAAGUUAAGAGGAAAGAGGAGAAGGAAGAGGAAGAAGAAGGAAAGACAGAAAGGAAAGAGGAAGAAGAGGAGGAAGGGAAAGAAGAGGAGGAGAAUGAGAAGACACAAGAAGAAGAAGAGGAGGAGGAGAAGAAGAGGGUGAAGAUAGAAAGUGAAAGGGACAUAAAGAAAAUUAUGGAAAAUGACGAUGGUGAAGAGAGAGAGAGAGAGGACAGAGCGAGAGAAAGUGAGCGAGAGAGAGAGAGAGAGCGAGGGAGUUACAACAAGAACCAAAACAGACAAAAAGAUGAUGAAAGUUGGACAGAGGAGAGUGUUGAUGAAGAUAGGAAGAAGGGAGGAGGAGGAGGAGGAGGAGGAGGAGGAGGUGAUAAAUUGAUGGAGGUAGAGGAAGAAGAAGAAGAAGGAGGAGGAGGAGAGGAGAAGGAAGGUGAACGAACGGAAGAGGAAGAAGAGGGAGGAGGAGGAGAGAAGAAGGGAAGUGAAGGAAUGGAAGAGGAAGAAGAGAAGAAGGAAGGUGAACGAACAGAAGAGGAAGAAGGAGGAGGAGGAGGAGGAGGAGAGGGAAGUGAGGAAGAGAAGAGAACGAUGGAGAAGGAAGAGGAGGAAGAAGAAGGAGGAGGAGGAGGAGAAGAGAGAAAAACAAAAACAGAAAUGAAUGUAGAAAAGGAAGAAGAGGAGGAGGAGGAGGAGGAGGAGGAAGGGAUGGAGGAGGAGGAGGAAACAAAGAAACAAGAAGAGGAAGAAGAAGGAAAAAAGGAGGAAGAAGAGGAGGAGGAGGCAAAAAAAACAGAGAAGGAAGAAGAAGAAGAAACCACCAUCAUCACCACCAUCACCACCCACCAUCAUCACCAACAGCACACCUUCACCUCCCUCAAGCAUCACCUCACGCACCUGUCGGGCCUUAACGAGCGCGUCCUCAGGUGUCCGCCCCUCACCCGCACCUGGGCCCUCAGAGACAUCACCUGGGAGGAUGUGCGACAGGUGUAUCGAAGGGCUGCUUGGGUACACUGCCCGGGCAAGGCUCACGUUCUUAUGCAGUGGGCGGAGUUUGAGGAGGUUCAAGAUAACCUGGACACAGCGCGGGAACUCCUGACGAGCGUUAUGGAGAAGCACCCUACCUUGAUCAAGCCCAGGAUGCAGCUUAUAGAACUGGAGUGCCGGGCUGCAAGAUUUUCCAGAGUGGAGGACCUUUAUGCCGAGGCCUCCCGCGCGCUGACGGCCCCUCGGCAGCGCGCGUGGCUUGCGAUGCGAUAUGCUAGGUUCCUGUUCAAGACGCUACAGGAGCCGGAACGCGCCCUCGUCGUCCUCCGCAAGGCGCUGAAGAAGGACCGAAGCAACACUCUUCUAUACCACCAUGUGUUUGACAUCUGCUACCAGCGUCAGCCCAUCGACAUCCAGGGGGUGCUUGCGUCUACACAGCUCGCCCUGGCCGCCAAGGACCUAUCGUUAUCUGACAAAUGCUGGUUCGCGUACAAACGACAAGAGUUUCUGAGAGAGCACGGAAGUAUUUUGGAAUUAAAGCAAGCCCAACAUGAACUCUCCUCUCUCCGCCUGGCCGUGGAGAGAGAGAAGGAGGAGGAGGAGGAGAGAGCGAGGAGGAAGGAGAAGGAAGAGGCAGGAGGAGGAGGAGGAGGGGAGGCGAGUGUGAAGGAGGAGGCGAAGGAAGGAGGAGGAGGAGGAGGAGGAGGAGGAGAGGAAGAAGGGAAGAGCACAGAACCAUCAACAACAACAACAACAGCGACAACAACAACAACAACAGCGAGCGAGAUAAAUAACAACAACAACAACAACAGCAGUUUCGCCGACCCCAAUACAGCUGCCGUCUCCGCUGCCGCCGCUGCGUACGCCCAACAACAACAACAACAACAACAACAACAAUUUGCGAUCCCGUAUUUCUCGGCCGAUGGGGCCAUCACCUACAACCCCAUGGCAGGGUAUGGCUAUGGGCACACCGACCCCUCCCAGCCCCUGCCCACUGCCCAGGAGGUGGUGGGGGGCCAGGGGGGGCAGGGGGGGCCACCCACUCCUGCAGGGGGGGCUGGGGGGUACCACAGCGUCCCUCAUACCUGGGACUACGAGGUUCAUGCUGGCUAUGGGUUCGAGAGGCAGCAGGUCGAGGGGGCUCAGUGGGGCGAGAACACCAGGUACAGACAAUACAGUGACCUGCUCACCAACGGGUACCCAGCACACCUUAGGGACAAACAGGUGGAGGAUGUGGAGCCCCCCGUCAAGGUGAACAUUGACCACUUGAGAAGAAGAGGAGGAGGAAGAGGAGGAGGAGGAGGAGGGAUGCCAGACCUUUCCCAACCUCCUCCUCACUUUUCAAGAUGCCCCCCCUUCCCCCCCAUGGGUCCACAGGGGUACAGGAUGGACCCCCCCGACCCCCGGCCCCCUGGGGAGAGGAGCGCCCCCCUACUGGGCAGCUCCCCCCACCAGGGACACAGCAGCGCCCCCUACGGGAAGAGACGCCUUCCGGAUGACUAUGGCCGUGACGGGGUGCCGGGAGGAGGUGACGGGCCCCCCUUCAAGACCAGGCGGGUGGGAGGGGACGGAUCACACCUAUACAUGGCAGAAUUCGAUACAAACUACACCACUUCGCCUGGCCCAUGUCCUCCACCCUCCCACCGCUCCACGCUGCCCCCAUGCCCUCCACAGCACUACAGGGGGCGUGACGGGGGUGCAGGGGGUAGUGGGGGGGGUGACGCACGCCCCCCACACCCGUCAGAGCGAAGGGAGAGAGACGAACGGAGGGAGGAGUUACCGGAGCUUGCGAGGUUUAAGGAAACCGAUCGGUAUUCCCUACGAGACGCCUCCUGCUACCCCUCCCCCCCCGCCCUGCUGCCUGAGGUGCGGGAGGGGGAGGGGGGAUGCGUCAAUGUCCCCGAUUGGCUGGUACGCGACGGGGGGGAGCUGGUGCUGAGUGAGUCCACGAGAGGAGUGUCCAUCAUUAGGUACUGGCCGGCCUUCAUGACGGAGAAAGGGGAGAAGACUAUGUUCAGAAUCCUCCGUCAAGAACUUAAGUGGCUGCAACGUCACCACUUAGCCAGCGGAGGAGCGGGUGGUGGUGGAGGAGGUGGGGGAGGGGGGGCUGGGGGUGAGCAGUGGGCCCCCCUCCCCCGCCUCCUCUCCUGGAUCGGGCCGUGUGACCUGACCUUCGACGGCAUGACCCUGGAGAAGAAUACCCAGUGGUUACCUGAGAUUGUUGACCUCCUGCAUAGGCUUAUCCGAUACACCAGCAACCAGUAUAACAGCUGUCUCCUGAGCCUGUUCCGGGGGGGCUACGACCACAUCCCCUGGGCCGCCGAGGCUCACCCCGCCCUCAGGGAACACCCCUCCAUCGCCACCGUCAGCCUGGGGACGACGCGCACUUUCGAAUUGCAGCGUCGAGAGGGCCGGGGAUAUUUGCGCUUCCCUCUCUACCCUGGGUCACUGCUUUUAAUGGAAGGGGCAACACAGGAGGAUUGGAGACACCAGGUUCCCAAGGUCAGCACCAACCCAGAGGAGCGAAUCCAACUCUCUUUUAGGAAACUCUACAUGAUCGAAGGGCUGACUGUUUGACGCACACACGCACGCACACACACACACACACACACACACACACACACACACAGAGGGAAGGAAGAA